CACAUGUGUGUUGUGUGACCGCUGUCAUGUGACAUUAGAGUCUGAUAGGUAACGGAGCGUCAUUGUUGUGCGUUGAGGCGUCCAGAUAUGAAACUUGUGAUCCUCUUCUCUUGUCUUGCAAUCGCCGCAGCUCAGGUCCCAAAGGCCUGUGAGACACCGCCGGUGUGGCACGGUAUAGAAGUCGGGAAAGACUAUGACUCCCAGUUCGAGAGACGAAGGACACUUCACUACGACGAGCCGAACGAGCGAGUGCACUUUAUAGACUACGACAAAGUAAACACGACGUACGAGACGCACAUAGAACUUUUCUUGCACAAACAAAAAGAACACUAUAGCGUCGAUCUUCGUACGGGACAAUGCACGCGGUCUCCGUUGACUGAACCGUUCAGACCAUUUUCCAUCCCUCCGACUGCUCGCUUUGUCGGUGAGUUCGUACUUGGUUCUACUGCCGUCGCCGGUGCAGGAGCGAUUGUUGACGUGUGGAGCGGACUCGAUAUGUUCCGCGGCGGCAACUUUACCGUAGGAGUGACUAAUGCCGGUUGUGUUCCCAUCUUUUUCGAUCACUUUACUGAGAGAUACGGAUAUUAUCACGCCCAGUGGUACGAUAUUCAGCUCGGCAUUGACAUUCCGACUAUCUUUGAUGUUCCCAGACAAUGCGAAGAACUGUGAGCGUUGAUUUACUGGAAUUUGCGGCGGUUUUUGUUUUGUAUACUAACUCGUGUAGCUUCUUCAACGCUACUGCUUGUGCGCGAUUGUUGGUGUUGUAGUCUUCACGUUGACUUUAUUGUUUUGGACCUAGAAGUAGAAAUAUUGGAGUCGCUUGCCUUGUAGUUAAGUGUUUCAAUUGUAGUCUUCUUGAACAAACCGUUUGUCUUUCAAA